GCGUGUACAUGCUAGCAACCAUUUCUAAUAAGAUGAAUGAAACUAGAUGUCGAUUAUUAUUAUUGUGAUUUUGUUUAGGUUUAUGUUGACGUAACAUGGCUAAAAGCGCGAAAUCUUCCAGUUAAAAGGAACAGAUCAAGUGUGGAAACAAACACACAAGUGAAUUACGACUAAUUUAGUCAAGUGACUUAGUGCUAAAACAGAAAGUUACAAGGCUUAGACUAGAGGAAAAUAAAUUUUAAAAAGAAAGAGACUGGUUAUGGCAUUUCCUGAGCCCAGACCUCAGGCCCCCCAGCUUCCCCAGCAUCUUCUGAGGACGAUCAACUGCCAGCAAGGAGCUGUCAGAGCUGUACGCUUCAAUGGUGAUGGGAACUACAUCCUGUCCUGCGGCAGCGACAAAUCCCUCAAACUGUGGAGCGUGGGUCGGGGGACUUUGCUGAAGACAUACAGCGGCCAUGGCUACGAGGUUCUGGACGCUGACAGUUCCUUUGACAACAGUCAGAUCUGCUCCUGCAGCUCCGACAAGACCGUGAUUUUAUGGGAUGUCGCUACAGGACAGGUCACACGGAAACUCCGAGGUCAUGCAGGGAAAGUGAACUGUGUCCAGUUCAAUGAGGAGGCAACUGUCACCUUGUCUGGAUCCAUAGAUGGGACAGUGAGGUGCUGGGACAACCGAUCAAGAAAAUCGGAGCCCAUCCAGAUCUUAGAUGAGGCUCGUGACGGCAUCAGCAGCCUCAAAGUGGUUCAGCAUGAGCUGCUCACUGGGUCAGUGGAUGGCAGGGUGAGGCGCUAUGACCUGAGAAUGGGACAGCUGCAUGUGGACUUUAUUGACAGUCCCAUCACCUGUGUGUGUUUCAGUCAAGAUGGUCAGUGCACCCUGAGCUCCAGCUUGGACUCUGCAGUUAGACUGCUGGACAAAAGCACGGGGGAAAUGCUGGGAGAAUAUAAAGGCCACAAGAUGAAGGGCUACAAGCUGGACUGCUGUUUGUCGAACAGAGACACACACGUCUUGAGCUGCUCAGAGGACGGCCAUGUGUACUGCUGGGACCUGGUGGAGGGUUCUUUGUCUUUGAAGCUGCUGGUGGGGACAGCAGUUGUCCAGUCCUUGUCCUUCCAUCCAUCAGAGACCCGCCUUCUCACAGCUAUGGAGGGCCGUGUUCAGGUGUGGAGUGCAGAGCCAGAGGAGACGGAGGAUGAAGCGCCGCUCUUAUAAAAGCAUGAAUGGAGCCACGACACAGUUGUGUAUUUGACUGCAGCGCUCAGUUUUUGCAUCAGCACACAUGCAGCUGCUGCAGAGUUUCAAACAAUGUCGAUUUUCAACUGUUGGAUGUUGGGGAGCUUUUACUCUCCUGACAAACAUUAUUGGACUCGAGCUUUACUAAUAACUUUGUAAAUGUUGGCUGAGUAACUUUUGAGAUAUUUUGUACAUUAAACAGACUCACAAAGACUGUAAAAAAAA